AUGGCAGAGAAUGGCACUGUGGUGACAGAAUUCAUUCUGAUGGGGUUCCAGCUGCAGGCAGAGCUGCAGGUGGGUCUCUUCUUUGUGUUCCUGGUCCUUUAUCUCAUCACCAUGGGGGGCAACCUGGGCAUGAUAGUGCUGAUUCAGAGUGACCCUCGCUUCCAGACUCCCAUGUAUUUCUUCCUCAGCCACCUUUCCUUCCUGGACAUUUGCUACUCCUCUGUUAUUGUCCCUCAGUUGCUUGAAACCUUGGAUACUGAUAAGGUGGUCAUUACCUAUGAGCGCUGUGCCACCCAGUUCUUUUUUUUCACACUCUGUGCUAGUACUGAAUGUUUUCUUUUGGCUGUGAUGGCCUAUGACCGUUAUGUGGCUGUGUGUAACCCCCUCCUUUAUGCUACUGCCAUGACACCACAGACCUGCCUGGGGCUGGUGGCUGGGGCAUAUGCUGGUGGCAUGCUCAAUUCAGUGAUCCGCACUGUGUGUACCUUCUCGAUCUCCUUCUGUAAGUCCAAGCACGUGGACUUCUUCUUUUGUGACCUUCCACCCCUGCUGAAGCUUGCCUGCAGUGAGACCAGGCUACGGGAACAAGUGAUCUACCUUUUAGCUUUCUUGGUCAUUACAGCCAGCAUUUCAGUGAUCCUUAUAUCUUACCUGUUCAUCAUUUGGGCCAUUCUGAAGAUUCGUACAGUCGGUGGCAAAGCCAAGACCUUCUCCACCUGUGCUUCUCAUAUGAUUGCAGUGGCUCUUUUCUUUGGGACACUCAUGUUCAUAUACCUGAAAAGUAAUAUGGGCAAAUCCCUCAGCGAGGACAAGAUCGUGUCUGUAUUUUACACUGUGGUCAUACCUAUGCUGAACCCAAUGAUCUACAGCCUGAGAAACAAGGAAGUGAAGGAGGCUCUGAAGACAGCUCUUGACAGGAUGAGGGUUUGCAAGUAG